AUGCACAGGGAUAUGAACGGUGUCGCAAAUAACGAUCCCGUUCAGCAGCCAAUGUCCUUUAACGUUGUUGGGCUACCUACAGCGGCAACAAUGGAGGCUGAGCUCGCAAUAGCAAAAACGUCAGUGUGGUGGGACUUUGAAAACUGCAUGGUACCUAAAGGUUGUGAUGGCAGUGCCAUUGCUCAUAACAUUAAGUCAGCUUUGUUGGAAAGGAACUACUGUGGUCCGAUCACCAUUUAUGCCUAUGGUGAUACCAAUAAAAUGUCUUCCUCUGUACAACAGUCUCUCUCCGCCACCGCCUUGUCCCUCAUUCACGUUCCUCCGGGGGUUAAAGAUGGGAGCGACAAAAAGAUCCUUGUAGACAUGUUAUUGUGGGCAAUGGAAAACAAAGCUCCUGCUAAAAUAAUGCUCAUAUCUGGUGAUAGAGACUUUGCUUAUGCUCUUCACCAGCUAGGGAUGAAAAAAUACAACAUUCUUCUGGCGCAACCUGAGAAAGCAUCUCCCUUUCUAAUUGCAGCUGCAAAGACGGUUUGGUUUUGGAGAAGCAUAGUUGCAGCUGGUUCUGUCUCUGCCUCUAAAGUUCUUAAACAAGCUAAGCACAGCGAAAAGAGCGAGAAGUCCUGCGAAAAAUGCAGUGUUACUUUUACAUGCGAAAAAUGCAGCUUGGCUGAUUUCAAUUCCCACCUCUCUAGUAAUGAGCACAAGAAAAAGCUCGUGCAAGUAGCCGGUGAACGCUCUCAUGUCACUGGUUUAACCGAAGCAAAGCAUGUAUGGUGCAGAGUUUGCCAGACGAGUUACAACAGUGAAGGUAUGAAAAUCACAUCUUAG